GAAAAGUUGACGUUGUACAGUUUCUCUUCCCCCUGGCCGGCGCACUUCGAUGUUCGUACACUUCCAGACACAGUGCGAAGAGCACGAAUUCCCACACCAAAACGUGACGAGAAUGUAUCUGUCUUGCUUUGGCCCAUUACAUGGAUGGUCGCUCACACAAUCGGUGUUCGCAUUGCCUAUCCCGGGAGUACGGGAAUCCUGAACUCACUAACACUUCAUCCGCGUCUAGACGCUCGUGAUAAUUUGCGAAGACAAUAUGGAAUCCGUCGGAUUGGCUUACUCACUCAAGACGGCGAUUUCGUCGAUGCAUUCUACGCCGAUCGACGUGGAUCCACUUUGGCCGUAGCGGAUCCACAAUUUUCCGGGCAUGGGGAUUCAAAGGGUGAAAUUCUUAUUAUCUGCUGCGAAGGAAAUGGUGGUUAUCCUGAAAUUGGUACACCUUUGGUCCCGUUGGAACACGGUUACUCAGUGCUGGCUUGGAAUCAUCCCGGAUUCGGUGCAAGUACAGUGAGUGCUCUGUCUUUCCCCCCUCUCAUCACCGGCAGUCCACGUCUGCCCCCUCGUUUUUACCCGCUCAUGCGGCUCAGUGAAUCGCUCGCAGCAUGUGCAGCAUUGUUUGUAUAG